GCUUUGCCCUCUCUCGGCUAGGCUCCACCCAUUUUUCUCUCCUCCUAGCUCCAGCUCGCUCGCUCUCUCGGGGCCAUGGACUCCGCCGCCCCGCAGCCGCAGCAGCCGUCGGCGGCCGACGACGACGAAACGCGCCGCCGCCGCCGGAGCACCGACUGCAUCUACUACCUCGCCUCCCCGUUGACCUGCAAGAAGGGAAGCGAAUGCGAGUACCGUCACAGUGAUGCUGCCAGGAUGAACCCUAGAGACUGUUGGUAUUGGUUUAAUGGCAACUGCACGAAUCCUAAAUGUUCAUUUAGGCACCCGCCAUUGGACGACCUGCUCGGAGCACCAGCAAAUCCACGGGCAUCUCAACAAGCUGGAUCGCAGGUUCCUGUGCCGGCUCAAGCCCCUGGAUCUAUUCCUGCCAGCAGCACAGCCAAGCCUGGUGUUCCAUGUUAUUACUUUCAGAAAGGCAUGUGUGCAAAAGGAAACAUGUGUGCCUUCUCACAUGUACCACAGGUUGCUGGAAAUCCUGCUUUGCAGCAGUCAGCAAAGGUUUUUGCUCCUGCUUUGCAGCCUCAGCCUCAGUUGAAGAACUCGAAUUCGUGGAUUAAACCACACAAUUCGGCCCAACAGAAUACUACUCGCACCGCACAUGACGAACUUAAUGUCAGUGCUCACAAUGGCAAGCCAGCUCAGAAGCAAAAUCUGACAAGCAGAGCUUAUCACUCGUCAGGAAUUUAUCAGAAUCACAAUAAUUCUUACUUGCUUUCUGGUGCAACAAAGAGUUACCAAACUCAGCCUUCAGUUGAAGAUGACUCCGCUGAGAAUGUUAUGGAGACAGGUGAAUUUGUCAGGGAACCUUCUGCAGGUUCCAGUGUUCUCGUUGGCAGUGUUGAUGAGGAUGCUGAGCGGUCAUUCAAGGAAGAUCACAGCAGUUACCCUCAUACUAGUCUGGAGAAAAACACCGGCAUGCAUAGGCAAACACAUGGUGGCUAUGAAUUAGAAAGGCCACACAGAAGCUCAGCGAAUAGGUUGCUGUCCGAGGGGAGGCUUUCCCAGAGAGAGCCUUUGCCUGCGACUGCAGACAGUUCAGAUUUGCGGCACAGGCUACUGAAGCAAAGAAGGCUCAAUAAUCCAAAAACGACACAGGUUCCCGAUAAGCAGGAUAGCUAUCAUGAGGAGGAACGCCACAACCAUCAUCGUCGUCGAGAGGAAGAGCAGGCUACCCAUAACGGCUUCUCGCGCUCUCGAUUACAUGGUAGAAUAAAACUUCCAGGGGAGUCAUCAUUGGACAGACUUGGGCCACACCCAGAGAAAGAGAGAGGGCCUAGAGCCAGAUUGUCUCCACCGAGGCAAAGAGACCUUCGAGGAUUGUCGCCACCGAAGCAAAGAGACAGCCGAGGGCUGUCGCCACCGAAGCAAAGAGACCGUCGAGGGCUGUCGCCACCGAAGCAAACAGACCUUCGAGGGAAGCUUCAUGAUAGGCUGAAGGCUAGAUCAAAUGAGGAUGUCCCUGGUCAUGUAAGAAGCUCAGUGGUGAAAGCAAAUAGUGAUGAAGAUGCUGGGUCGUUGAACUUUUCUGGUCCAAAGAGCCUUGCAGAGUUGAGAGCAAAGAAGGUUGCUUCUAGCUCAAGGGAACACACUUUGAAGAGCGCUGAUCCUCGCAUUGCAGAGCCAGUUCGUAUGACAUCCGAGAUAGUUGCCAACAGGGACUCACCGUACCCUGUUCCCUUUGACAGUCCAAAGCCAUUAAGUGACAUCCUGAAGAGAAAACGAGAGGCAGCUUCUGCCGAUUCAGGUAGCAUACAGGAAGAACAAGCUGCAGGUGAGGAGGAGGAAUCUCUGAAUAAGUACAGAGCCAUUGAGGAUGAUCUAGUUGUGACAAACACCGAGGGCAAGGAAGAAGAAGCCUUCCACCCCGAAGACGACGUGAUGUACGACGACAGCCUGUCUCCUGCUGAUAACAAUGUUGCAGGAGAUGCAGGUAAAGAAGAGCUGGAGCCAGAGCAAGACCUAGAGACAGCAGAAGAAGAAUACGACUACGAGGCCAACGCCGAGGAUGACAAUGACUACCAGGAGUACGAAGACGACGACGAUUUGGAGGACGAUGACGACUUUGCGCGCAAAGUGGGUGUAUUGAUCUCCUGAGGUGCCCUUUGAUUAACGCAGGGUGUGAUUGGAGCAAAGAGGGGCAGCUAUUAAUUGCUCCCCCGGAAAUCUUGAUCUGUGUUCUUUCCGCUCUAGAUACUUUUUUAGUACACGGUGCCAAAGACUUGGGCUAAUAAAAUGUUUGGAGAAGAUGAAACGAGGGGAGAGUAAAAGUUGGCUCAUGCUAGUUGGGGCAGGAGGGCUAAGCUAGCUACUUGUAUUCAAGACUGUCUGUGUGUGUGCUGAAUGGGUCUCCUGUCCUACCUGUGUUGUAACAUUAUUAUUAGUUGAUGAACAGAUCACAAAUUGUAUUGCAAUUUAUAUAUCUUUAGUGCAUAAGAUGGUUUACAGGUCAAUUUUAUAUACUUUUUAA